AUGAUGGAUAUUUCCGAAUUUGACAAAACGCUACCGGUGUCAAAGGAGGUUCGCCUUCCCAAGCACCCUUUCAGCACCAUCGCGGACGACCCGUGCCGCUUUGAAGCAGAAGUCUACAACUAUUUUGCAUGGGCGCCGUUGUAUGAAGAUGACACAUUUGCCAAUGGCGAUGGCUGCAUUGAUGCCGUACGCAUUCAGGACGGCCACGCCGAUUUCAAACAACGCUAUGUUCGCACGGAGAGAUUCGUCAUUGAAAGAGCUGCUCGCCAAGCGGUCUUUGGAAAAUACCGUAACCGCUAUACCGAUGAUCCCCGCGUGAAGCACAAGAUCCAUUCCACAGCCAACACCCAUAUUAUCUACUUUGAGAAUCAACUGUUAGCGCUUAAAGAGGAUUCGCUUCCUUAUGCGCUCAACCCGGACACUUUAGCCACAAAAGGCCCAUAUGACUUUCACGGCCAUUUCAGCUCGAAAACGCACACGGCUCAUCCCAAAAUCGAUCAUGCGACCGGGGAGAUGAUCACUAUGGGCUACGAGGCUAAGGGAGAUUCAACGACCGAUAUUGUCUAUUACCUCUUCGAUAAGAACGGGAAUAAGCUCGAGGAAUGUUGGAUUAGUGCUCCCUUUGCGGGCAUGAUGCACGAUAUGGCCGCAACCGAUAAAUGGAUUGUCUUCGUGCUUCCUCCCUUGGCGAUUGUUCCAUUGGAUCUUUUGGAAAAGGGGCACCAUCAUUUUGCCUGGGAUGAAGAAAAGCCGCUGAUGCUAGGUAUUCUACCGCGUCGGAACCCAAAGCCAGAAGAUGUUUGGUGGUUCUCCACCAAGAGCGCCUUCCUUGGGCAUACCGGUAAUGCUUUCGAUGGAGAAGACGGAUGUUUCUGGUUCUUCCCGCCUAUUGGGAAGCCCCCCAUCCCUCCUCAGACACCACUUCAGGAUAUGCACGGCGGAUACGUCAGAUUUAAGCUGGAUCCUAACGCCGCAGACACCACGGUGAAGCCUACAAAGCUGAUUGAUCUUGCCGGGGAGAUGCCAAAGGUCGAUGAUCGCUAUCUCACCAAGCAAUACAACAACGUCUUCAUGUGUCACCAUGCCACCCUCUCGGGCGAGCCAUCAACAGGUGGCGCGUGGAAUUCAAUUUCUCGUUGCGACUUGGCCACUGGCGAAUAUACACAUUGGUGCGCCGGUCCCUCUACAGUCCUCGAAGAGGUCGCAUUUAUCCCUAGAAGCCCAGAUGCGCCGGAAUCUGAUGGAUAUGUCAUAACUAUGGCUUGCCGACAAGACAAAUUUAUUACCUCCAUUCUCAUCCUGGAUACCGCCAAGCUCGCCGAAGGCCCCAUUGCCAUGAUCGAGCUCCCUUUCCGGCUACGACUCGGCAUCCACGGUAGCUGGGUUCCUGCGGAACGACUGCCAGAGCGCAAGGAGCUCUGUGAUAUGGAAGGAGUAACAGAUGAAAUUUUGCAGGAGUUCCAGAAUAAGUCCGUGACGAUCCCAAAAUUAUCUUAUACUGCUAUGCCGCCCUUUCAUCCACCUCCAAAGGCCUUUCCUCGCCCUCCCGGUGGCCCUCCUGGCCCUCCAGGUGCUCCAAAACAGCCUCCGGGUCCACCUCACCAUCCCCCAGGUGAUCCCCCUUCGGAAAAUUCAGAUUUUAAAUGA